ACUUCAGAUUCUCGCUACAGAGACCCCAACAGCAGAGCUCCAGCAAUGGCUCCUACAAUCUCAGCAGCAAUAACCAACUCUCAAGAACACUUGCCUCUGAAUCACAAGCUCAGAAAGCCUCUGGUGGAAAAGCUACGCAGAGAGCGCAUCAACAGCAGCAUCGAGCAGCUCAAGACUCUCCUGGGUCCAGAGUUCCUCAAACAGCAGCCAGACUCCAAGCUGGAGAAAGCUGACAUCCUGGAGAUGACAGUCUGCUUCCUGAGACGACUGCGGCAACAACAGCAGCAUCCAUCUGUGGACUCAGUAGCUGUUGAUCAAGGCUACUCCAGAUGU